CCGAUAGAUCCGCAAAGCAACAAUUGACAGUCAUGUUUGCUCGUGCGCCCUUGCAAUGGGCACAUUUACGGUCGGCAGGGACUGGCCUAUGUUCAGGGCGCUUGAACACGCGCUAUUUUAACUUUGGCAAGAAGUUGUUCUCUCACAAUUCGUUCCUUCGCCAGGAACUACACCAAAAUUCCGCAUUUGCGCCUUUCAAUACACCCCAGUCGCAGAAACGGAAUGCAUCCGUAUUGUACUACACCGCAAGUAUCGUUGUUGGAACUUUAGCGCUCGCUUAUGGCUCCGUUCCUCUAUAUAAAAUGGUUUGUCAACAGAUCGGCUGGAACGGUCAACCAGUACUUACACACCGGACCGGAGACGGCGACACCUCAUCGCGCGUAACGCCAGUGACCGAUGCUCGUCGUCUUCGAAUCACCUUCAAUGGUUCAGUGUCGGAUGUCCUGCCUUGGAAAUUUACACCACAGCAGCGUGAAGUCUGUGUGUUACCCGGUGAGACGGCACUUGCUUUUUAUACCGCGACAAAUAAAGGCCCGACGGACAUUAUUGGUGUUGCAACGUACAGUGUUACUCCUGGUCAGGUCGCCCCAUAUUUCAGCAAGAUCCAGUGCUUCUGCUUUGAAGAGCAGAAAUUGAAUGCUGGAGAGUCUGUUGAUAUGCCGGUGUUCUUCUUCAUUGACCCGGAUUUUGUGAAAGAUCCGGCCAUGAAGGGCAUCGACACCAUCACUUUGUCGUAUACUUUCUUCAAAGCGAAGUAUGAUGACAAUGGAGUUCUGAAACCGAUACCCGCUGCUUAAAGCUCCAGAAAACCGGCUUCUUUAUCCCCUCAGGACGCAGCGGCUCGCGUCGAUCUCGAGCCGGGAUAUAAGGUUAUCAGACCCAUGCCUUGAAGCAACUUCAAAAGUCGACAUUCGGCCAACCUCCUCAAUCCAGACGCGCACACAUCUCUUGACGUGGAGAUUGAUUUGGCCGAGUCUCUCCACAUAGACAGCGUGUCUACGUCCAUUUCAUCUAGAUGGACAGCGAAUAUUAUCUCCUCUCUGGAAUUAGCCACAUUGGAUACAAAAUAUCAGGAAGCCCGUCCUUCCGUGUAUUGUACAAAUGCGUCUACUGUACAUAUCAUUCUUCAGAUUACAACUAUCGUGUCUUUGAAGUAGAUAUGUGAAAG